CGACAGCCGCAGAGGAACUAUACGCUAAAAUAAGUACUAAGAAGUUGGAAACAUCCAAUGAAAGACUCGAAGCUCAUAUAAAAGAAUAUUCAAAUACUCUUAAAGAAGAGACGGAGCGUUUUGAACAAAUGAUGGCAAUGAAGGAGGAGCUGAUAAAUAAGCUAGAACAUGAACUAGUCAUACUCAACCAAGAAGCGUCAGUUAAGCUUAAGAAGAAAAUAUUGGAUUCAGAGCGUCAAAUGGUGCUGGCUACUAGAAGUCAUACAGUUAAGAACGAGUUAUUGAAAGAAGAAGAGGUGGAAAGCCGAGAAGCUUAUGAGCAGUUGUUGAGGCAGCAUCUAAUUGACGAGAAAAAUCAAAGGGCUCGACGGUUCAAAGUGGAGACGCAAUUAUUAUCAUGGCUACAGAAAUAUGACCUUGAGAUGAGUGAUAAGCAAGUGGAACUAGAUGAGUUUACGCAGAAACAUGAAGAGGAAGUUGAGAAAUGUCAGGAGUUAGAGAAACAAUUGGCGGAGCAAGACAUUGAGUACAUCCCGCUGAUGGCAGAAAGAGAGGCAGAAUACAACCAGGAGAUGACGGAGAAGAUGAACAAGUUCCUUCUGGACCAUGCUGCGAGGGUUAUUCAGCAUGCUUGGAGAGAAGUGCUGGUCAACAGAGCAGAGAAGAAGAAGCUAAGGAAGAUAAUAAAGAGAAUACAGGCCGCUCAAGUUCCAACGGAAUUAAUCAAGGGAAAAGGAAAGAAGUAA